AUGUUUUCGUGGGGACAGGACAGCCAGCGCGGCUUCUGUCUGAAACCAGGCUCGGACUCCUGCAGGUCCACCUCAGCUGGAGUCCAUCAGCUGAACUUCAGCUUCCACAUCACGGAUCUGUCCGCGGGGCUCAACGUGCUCGCGUUCGUUAAAAACAACGGGAACGCGUUUAUUCUGCGCACGAAUGAGGACAAAGAGGGACGAAGAGUCCGAGGGAAGCAGAAGUUUGUGAAAUGUAAGGAGCCGAUCAAGGCUGCGAGCUGUCAGGACGACGAGGUGAUGCUCCUGUCGAAUAAAGGAUCCGUUUUCUGCGUGAACACAACCCAAACCCCUUACAUGCCCAGGACACUGGAGGUUUUUACCAACAUCCCAGUUGCUCAGGUUUCUUGUGGGAGUCAGCAUACAGUUGCCCUGACCAAAGACGGUCAGGUGUACACGUGGGGCCGGGACUCCAGGGGUCAGCUGGGUCUGGGGAGGAGGAAAUCUGGUGCCGAGUCCCCCCAACACCUCUGGUCUCUGUCCUCCAUCCCGGUGGUCCGGAUCUCUGCCCGAUGGGAGCAGAGCUUCGCCCUGUCCGUGUCUGGAGGCGUGUUCGGCUGGGGCAGGAACGACCGAGGCCAGCUCGGACUGGGGGACAUAAAAGACCGAUAUACUCCAGCCUGUGUCCCCAGUCUGAAUCUGAAGAAAGCGUGUGACGUUUCUUGCGGAAGGGACCACACCGCCGUUUUGACAAAGCACGGAGCAGUUUUUACGUUCGGCUCUGGUCAGUUCGGACAGCUCGGACACAACUCGUUUCAGGACGAGCUCCGACCUCGACUUGUUGCAGAACUUUGGGGGUCAAAGGUCAUGAAGAUUGCAUGCGGAAGAAACCACACAUUAGUUUUGACAGAUGCUAAUAAAGUUUACUCGUUUGGCUGUGGCAAGCACGGACAGCUGGGACACGGAGAGGAGCACCAUCCGUCUGUUCCCCUUCCUGUUUCACUGCCUCAGGACACCAGCCGUCCCAGAAUCCAAACCAUCUUUGCAGGAGAAAACUGUUCCUUUGCGACCUAUUGUCCUGACAAGGAAGUUGACAGAGUUUUAUGUUCUGAGGGAGGCUCUGAAGUCCCACAGAGCGGUCUCGAAGGCAUCAUCGAUAGAUGGAUCUCUGAAUGUGACUCCAAGUCAUGGAAAAAGAUUAAACAAGAAAUCCACAGAACAUUUUCAUCUGCGUCCUGUUUGAAUAAAAGCUUCCUUGAGCAAAGAGAUCAACAUUUUCAAACCUCAUCAAAGUGCCACGGCCUGAACCUGAAAGCGGCUCGACAGACGUUUAAGAAGCUGGUGAAGAACGUCAGCGUUUGGGACGAGGCCGAGGCUGCCGUUCUGCACCUGUUGCCUCUUCUUGAUAGGAAUCCUGUUGGCGUGGAGAGUCUGAGGGUCUUCCUGCUGCUGAACGAGCUUCUGCACGUCCGCCAGAAACACACCAAGCAACGAAACACGAAACUCGCUGAGGCGCUCGCCGCUGCUGUAACGAGCCUGUCGCUUCAAAGCCUCCAGGUUUUAGGGAACUGGUGGUCUUCGCUGUCGCCCUCCAGCAUGGGGAGGUUGAUCAAGGUGUGGAAACAAGCGCUCUCUGUGAUCUUUACUUUUGAUCCGGUUCCUCGCAGUUCUGGAGUCAGAAACCUGCUUCUAGUUCUUCAGUACAUGUACAACGUAAACAGCAGGGUUUCAGAGUCUCGGAGGCUUCCGGAAAGCGAGUUUUAUUUGUCCAUGAAUGAAACAUUUCUUUCUGAUGAUCUGCAGCUCUGGCGUUUACGUUCCCAACGCAGGUAUGUGCGAGCCGAGCCGCUUGUUCUUUGCAACUUUCCGAUGGUGAUGGAUCUGCAAGCAAAGACAAGGAUUUUUGAUAUGAACACUGCACGCACCAGGCAAGAGAUCCAGGUGCCUUGCUUUCAUCAACUCUUUCAAGAACUGUUAUGGGAUUUGGAAUUGUGUUUCACUAUGCCUGGAUUCUUGAGGCUGAACCUGAAGAGAGCAUCAGUGUUGAAAGACACAUUUGAACAGCUGGCCGCUGCACAUCAAAAAAACUACAAGGGGUUCCUCGUCGUCCAUUUUGAUGGCAACGUUAUUAACGAUCCUGUCUACCUGAAAGAUUUUUUUCAUGAAGUCUUUCAUGAGAUGUUGUCGACUGAGUCUAUGUUCAUGUUCAAUGACUCAGAGACGCUGGCGUGGUUCUCCUCCAGGACUGCGCAGGAGGACCAGCGUUCGUACCUGUUUGGAGUUCUGUGUGGACUGGCUUUGUACAACCAGGCCAUCAUUUUCUUACCCUUUCCACUGGUCCUUUUCAAGAAGCUCCUUGGAGUGAAGCCAUCCCUGGAGGAUUUGAUAGAGUUCAACCAAAGUGUUGGCACGAGUCUGCAGUACAUUCUGGACUACCCAGACGAUGACCUCGUGGACCUGUACAUGGACUUUACUAUCUGCUGGGAAGCCACAGAUGUGGAUCUUGAUCCUGGACAUCCCAACAAGCAAGUUACCAGCAAAAACAAGAAGGAGUUUGUUGAUGCGUAUGUGAAUCACGCCUUCAACACAUCUGUGGCAUCUGUGUUCGAGGAGUUCAGGAGAGGUUUCUUCCAAGUGUGUGACCAAGAUUUGGUGAGGCUUUUCAGGCCCAAGGAACUGCAGGAAAUACUGGUGGGCAAAGACUUCCAUGACUGGGAAAAGAUGAAACAGAACACGAGAUACGAAGGACAGUACCACAUUGACCACCCCAACAUACAGAUGUUUUGGGAAGUUUUUGAUGAGCUAACAGAUACACACAAAAAAGCUUUUCUUUGGUUCGUGACCGGAUUUGAACGAGUACCCGUCCUUGGCUUGGACAAAAUCAUGAUGACCAUCAGAGUUAAAUGCAUCCCGGACCUCUCCUAUGACCAGUACUAUCCUGAGACCCAUACAUGUGACUCAAUCCUGGAGCUGCCGUUGUACUCAAACAAAGAGAUCCUGCAAACCAAAUUGAUUGAGGCCUUGAGCAAUAAUAACAGAAUCACCAAGUGA